ACCCGUUAUAUUAGGUAACAAGAACAUUAAAUUUUACUUUUAAUAUGUUCGAGUUACAGCGUGAGUCAGCGGUCACAAUAAUGGCAUGUUAUUGAAAUAUCUGAAGUGAAACUUUAAAUGCAAAGUAGAACAAUUAAUAUUUAAUGAGAAAUACCUCCCAGAAUAUUUCAAGUAUAUUUACUUUUUACUAAUUACCGGGUUAAUCUAAAACAUUUAUGUAGCAACAUUAAAUAUGACAUGACAUUGACGUGUAUUUGAUUUGAUCUUUUGGCGGGGCGCUUUACGUUAAAACAACACAUCUUAUGAUUUUGCUUAUACUCUUUAUUAUUAUUACAAGCUACAACAACACAUUAUUUUAGAUCACUCAAUUGUCUAUUAAUAACCAAAACGUAAUUGGCCAUGGACUUAACGUCGUUUUGCCGCGAGAUGCCUAAAAUUGAGCUGCAUGCUCACCUCGGUGGCUCCUUAAGCCAGUCCACCAUGCUCCAGCUGAAGAGACUGUACGCGGACUCCGGCAUACCUGAUAAAACGAAUGCAUUCUUCGACGAAUUUCAAAUCGCUGCUGGAGAUACACGUAGUUUAUCAGACUGCUUCCAAGUGUUCAGCAUCUCACACUCUCUGACAAGCAUGCCUCAAGCGCUGGCUCUGGCCACCUCGCUGACUGUCCAAGAGUUCCAGGAUGAUGGGUGCAUCUACAUUGAGAUUAGGAGUACUCCACGUGAGACACCCUACAUGAGCAAGAAAGAGUACAUAGAUACUAUUGUACAAGCUAUUAGGAAUUCUUUAAUCAGCUUAACAAUGAUCUCCAAGCUGAUCAUAUCCAUAGACCGCAGAUGCACUCCACAAGCAGCCGAAGAGACCACCAAGCUUGCCAUAGAGUUCUUUCAGAAUUAUCCUGAAAUAGUUGUAGGAAUUGAGCUCAGUGGCGACCCCACUGCAGGGCGAUUCCAGGACUUUGUGCCGGCCUUGUCCAGGGCGCGAGAUGCUGGAUUGAAGGUAACACUCCACUGCGGCGAAAUCUGUAACCCCGCGGAGGUGCUAGAAAUGCUUGCAUGGAAACCAGAGAGAAUUGGCCACGGUACCAUGAUACACCCCAGGCUGGGAGGGACUGCUGAGACGUGGCAGGCGCUGUGCCAACUGAAGAUACCUGUAGAAAUUUGCUUGACUAGCAAUGUAAAUACAAAGCUGAUAGCAAGUUAUGAUGCCCAUCAGUUCAAGGAGUGCUGUGAAGCCAUGGUGCCCGUAAUAAUCUGUACCGAUGACAAAGGUGUUUUUGGGACGUCACUGUCUCAGGAGUACGAGAUUUGCGCGCAGACCUUCGGCUUGGACAGAUCGAAGCUGGUCAGACUGUCCCUUGAUGCCUGCAAGUUCGUUUUUGACGAAGGCGCGCGAAAAAUGAUCACUGAUAAGAUUUUAAAUUUUAUAGAAAGAAAUGAGCUAUGAAAGUUUUGUACUGUAGGUACAAGUUUAAUUAUAUUAUAAUAAAUGUUACUCUUAUAUUUCUAAAA